AUGCAGCAGAUCCACAAGAAACUUACCCCGGGGCGCACACUGCCACGGUCGGUCGAAGAAGUGGGGUCGAUCUCCAUGCUGGAGUACCUGUCGAAGUCCGGGGGUUAUCGAAACCAGAAGACCCUGGGACUUAUCCAAUGGAUUUUGGGCCAUGCAGUGGACGCUGCUGCUCAAGACGACUUUGCGGGAGUGAAGGAGAUCAUUGCUCUCCUGGCUAUGGCAAUCGAGCAGGCGAAUUACGACAAUGGGGAGUGGUCAGUUGCAUACCUGAUCAGCCUGCACGAAGAGCCACCCAUUCAACUUUUUCAGGAGAGGGCAGCGGCCAUUAUGGCUACAGGACGACCUUUCAGCCCUCUUAUUCCUCCAGUGUGGUCAGCAGCAACUUUGAGCUACAUCAGGGACAUGGAGGUGUUGGCAAACAAGAAACCCGAAGCCAAGAAAGGUCCUGUUUCCGAAGCGCCCGAAGCAGGACCUGAUUUGACAGACCUCCAUCUCAACGGGAGGAAGGAGGCCCUUUACAUCUACUGCACAGACAGAAGUGAUUUUUAUCAUCAAUUUGCUGUCACGGAAGCUAAGGCUGCAGCCAAUGCGGUAGGCCCUCCGGUGACUGCUGCUGAUGUUGCUGAUUUAGACGCCUACAGUGAGCUGCUCUCUAGAGAAGCUUGCAGAAGGAAGGUGAAGCGCUCUCGGGAGGUCGAAGGUGAUCAGCUCCAUCUGAUGAAUGAGCCCUCUGAGACAAAGCGUGCUUCAUUGCUGAGCGAUGAUAUUUUCAUUUGCUUCAAGUCCUUGUUCCAGGGAGAUCAUGGAGGCGUUGAAUUUGCUACAGCUUCUCAUGAAAGUGUCUUGCAGUCACAGGGCCUUUUGUCGAGCUCUACACGGCUGGUUGCAAACAGUCCUUUCCGAGGUGGGCCUUUAGCAGAUGGCUUGGUUAUCGAUGAUUAUUUUGCGAUUUCCCGAGAACCUCGCCGUCAAGCUCCAGAGCAAAGUGCUGCAGCAAGAUGUUUCUCCCUAAGUCAGGCGGUAUACAAAGAGUAUGACCUGAUUGGCUCCCCGCAAAAAGAUGUCACAGGCGAAAAAAGGGCUAAAGUUAUUGGGGCUGAGAUCAAUUCCAACGACCAUGCUGCUCGCCGUGGGAUCACUUCUGUUGGUUCGCCGAUUGGGAAACGCUUGAGUUUAAGCUGGGUGACCUUCCAGACUCAGCUUGGGAACGUGUUGGCUUUGAGGGCUUUGACUCUUCUUUUCAUUGCCCGCCGCUAUGGAGUGCCCGCCUUAGGUGUGCUGCUUCUAAAGGAAGAUCCUCGAGCAUUGCACUGCUGGAACAUACAAUGCUUGCUAGAGGAGCCCUUGAAGAAUGUUGAAGCCAUCAACAAAGUGCUCCAGCUUUUUGGUCGACGGUUGUACGAGGCCGCACUGGCGGAGAUCUCCAAGAGCGCCAAGGCUAAGAUGCUGGAGGAGAGGACCCAAGCCAUGGCGUGUGAGGCGGCGCUGAGAGAAGGCGCGGCCGAGCGGCUGGAGCAUGAGAAAGCGGUGGCCAAACGUUUUGAAGAGCUGCAAACGGCCAGCGAGGCUGACAAGGCCUCGGCCGCCGCUGCCCGGGCAGAGGACCAGAAUGCGCACGAGGCUCGGACCUUCGGACAAAAUGCGGAGGCAUGGGUGUGCGGUAGAGUCACUAGAUUGCAGAUGCGACAUGACUAG